AUGUAUGUAAAGUCAAUUCUGAAAAGGACGCAAAGUGGCUCCAAACCCGUAGAGUCUGAUCACGAUGAAACAGACAACGAGAGUUUAAAAUUACCCGUCACUGCCUCAGUAACAAAUUCACAGAAACCAGUAUUGGAUCGUUCCCUUUCCACGGAAAGCAGUCGUAGGCUACGCUGGGAUGAAGAAAACUUGCGUUUGGCUGAAGCACAGAAAACUUCUACGAUGAAAAUAUUAGAGCCAAAAACUCCUUUUCAACACACGCUGUUAGUAGAUGAAGAGGUUCCUGAGCUUAGCUUGGAUCAUUCUGAAACCGAGCUGGCGGAUGAUCCCCUAUCCACUCAGUUACAGGUUCCUCCUAUUUCUCAGGAACAAAAGGGAGACGUACAUAAAGAUACGAACGAGGAUGUUGUGAGAAAGCCAGAUCCUUUUCCAGUUCCAAGAGAAGCUGGCCUUUUGUCUCCGGAAAUGAAGAACUCUUCAUCAGAUUACCCUCAAACUAGUACUUCUGAUGCAGUUCAGGCUACUGAUGUAACACACAAAAAUACUGUUCAAAAUUCGAGGUAUCGCUCUCCUCAAUCCUCUGAAAAUUCUCCUUGCAUUGAUGAGCAGAUGAAUGUCUCGAUUCCGAAGGUGGUAGCUGUCCGUACCAGACAGAAUUCUCCGGAAAAGGAUUCCAGAGCUAGAAUGCCAAGAAGGGAGGGCAUCGGAUUUGGUAUCCCUUCAGCAACAGAAGCAACAUCAGUACUACCGGAAGCAAUUAUAAUGGGAGAAGAAAAUGAAAGUAUGGAUGAAGGUGAUCCAAAUGCUCAUUCGUUUAACCAAGGGCAGCAAAAAUCCAAAUUUGACGAGCUUCGCCGAAAGCACUACUUUGCUAUGGCAAAACCAUUGAAAAAGGAAAACAUUGAAAGUAAAGGAUUAGAAAGUGAUAAUGAUGACCCCGGAAGAGAAGACAAAGCCGCUGCUGAAGAAUCUGAUGUUGAAAUGGCUGAAGAUUAA